CUCAGGCCGGGGCAUUCGGUUUAAAUACCCUGCUUGGGUAUGAUAACCGGGUCAUUUGGACUGUUCUGUCUCUGGACUACCCCGCUAACACCCCCAGGACUUAAAAGAUUCCAACACCCACAAGCUAAAAGUUGUAGGUUUUCAGCUCACCUUGGAAUCCAAGAUGGCCGCCAGCACCGCAAGCGAAGACGAGAAGCUCCUCUUCCUGGACAAGAGCUCCAGCAGCAACCCCACGGCGCAGGCCGACUGGGCCGCCAGGAAGCUGGUGUGGAUCCCGUCCGAGCGGCACGGGUUCGAGGCGGCCUCCGUCCUGGAGGACCGCGGGGACCAGGUCCUGGUGGCGCUGGCCGACGGGAGCGGGAAGGUGACGGUCGGCAGGGACGACGUGCAGAAGAUGAACCCGCCCAAGUUCAGCAAGGCGGAGGACAUGGCCGAGCUCACCUGCCUGAACGAGGCCUCCGUGCUGCACAACCUGAAGGAGAGGUACUUCUCCGGGCUCAUCUAUACCUACUCCGGGUUGUUCUGUGUGGUGGUAAACCCGUAUAAAAUGCUGCCCAUCUAUUCAGAGAAGGUCGUGGAGAUGUACAAAGGGAAGAAACGCCACGAAGCUCCGCCCCACAUCUACUCCAUCGCUGAUAAUGCCUACAGGAACAUGAUGCAGGAUCGAGAAGACCAGUCUAUUCUCUGCACGGGGGAAUCUGGUGCAGGAAAGACAGAGAACACUAAGAAGGUGAUCCAGUACCUGGCAGUAGUAGCUUCUUCACACAAGAGCAAAUGCCCUCAGGAUCCGAAUUCAUCAUCUUUUAAUAAGGGGGAGCUGGAGAAGCAGCUCCUGCAAGCUAACCCCAUUCUGGAAGCCUUUGGAAAUGCCAAGACCAUCAAGAAUGACAACUCCUCCCGUUUUGGAAAAUUCAUCCGAAUCAACUUUGACGUGACAGGCUACAUCGUUGGAGCCAACAUCGAGACGUACCUCCUGGAGAAGUCUCGUUGUAUCCGACAGGCUAUGAUUGAGCGCUCCUUCCACAUCUUCUACUACCUGGUGGCCGGAGCCAAGGACAAGCAGAGAGAGGAGCUGCUGCUGGAGAACUUCAGCAGCUACCGCUUCCUGGUUGCGGGGCACAUGCAGUUACCAGGACAACAGGACGACGAGAUGUACAACGAGACGCUGGAGGCCAUGGACAUCAUGGGCUUCACCGAGGAAGAGCAGCUCGGGAUUAUGAAGGUGGUCUCCACGGUUCUGCAGCUGGGGAACAUUGAGUUUAAGAAGGAGAGGAACCAGGAGCAAGCCACCAUGCCCGACAACACAGCGGCUCAGAAGGUGUGCCACCUGCAGGGCAUCAACGUGACGGACUUCACCCGUGCCAUCCUCACCCCCCGCAUCAAGGUGGGCAGAGAGGUGGUGCAGAAGGCCCAGACCAAGGAGCAGGCGGACUUUGCGGUGGAGGCUCUGGCCAAGGCCAUGUAUGAGCGUCUGUUCCGCUGGAUCCUGGCGCGCGUCAACAAGGCGCUGGACAAGACCAAGAGGCAGGGCUCCUCCUUCCUCGGCAUCCUGGACAUCGCCGGCUUUGAGAUCUUUGAGGAUAACUCAUUUGAGCAGCUCUGCAUCAACUACACCAACGAGAAGCUGCAGCAGCUCUUCAACCACACCAUGUUCAUCCUGGAGCAAGAGGAGUACCAGCGGGAGGGCAUCGAGUGGAGCUUCAUCGACUUCGGCCUGGACCUGCAGCCCUGCAUCGACCUCAUCGAGAGACCGAAUAACCCCCCAGGUAUCCUGGCCCUGCUGGAUGAGGAAUGCUGGUUCCCCAAGGCCACAGACGUCUCCUUCGUGGAGAAGCUGAUGAACACACAGGCCAGCCACCCCAAGUUCUCCAAACCCAAACAGCUGAAGAGCCAACCGGAGUUCUCUGUGCAGCACUACGCUGGCAGGGUGGACUACAACGCCUCCAACUGGCUGACCAAGAACAUGGACCCUCUCAACGACAACGUCACUCAGCUGCUCAAUAACUCCUCCAUCAAUUUCAUACAGGAGCUCUGGAAAGACACGGAUCGUGUGGUUGGCCUGGACACCAUCACUAAGAUGUCGGGCAGUUCCGCUCCCGGCCCCUCCAAGGCUAAGAAGGGCAUGUUCCGCACCGUGGGCCAACUGUACAAGGAGUCCCUGACCAAGCUCAUGACCACCCUGCACAACACACAGCCAAACUUUGUGCGCUGCAUCAUCCCCAACCACGAAAAGAGGGCUGGGAAGCUGGAUGCUCACCUGGUCCUGGAGCAGCUCAGGUGUAACGGGGUGCUGGAGGGAAUCCGAAUCUGCCGGCAGGGCUUCCCCAACCGCAUCGUCUUCCAGGAGUUCCGCCAGCGAUACGAGAUCCUGGCUGCCGGUGCCAUUCCUAAAGGCUUCAUGGAUGGUAAACAGGCCUGCACCCAGAUGAUCAAACACCUGGAUCUGGACCCCAACCUGUACCGGAUCGGCCAGAGCAAGGUGUUCUUCCGCACAGGUGUGCUGGCCCACCUGGAGGAGGAGCGGGACAUUAAGAUCACCGUGGUGAUCAUCGCCUUCCAGUCCCAGGCUCGUGGCUUCCUGGCCAGGAAGGCGUUUGCUAAGAGGCAGCAGCAGCUGACGGCCAUGAGGGUGAUCCAGAGGAACUGUGCCGCCUACCUGAAGCUGAGGAACUGGCAGUGGUGGAGGCUUUUCACCAAGGUGAAGCCCCUGCUACAGGUCACCAGACAGGAAGAGGAAAUGACCCAGAAGGAGGAGGAGCUUCAGAAAGCUAAGGAAAUAGCACAGAGGUCUGAGUCGGAGCUGAAGGAGAUCACCCAAAAGCACGCACAGCUGCUGGAGGAGAAGACCCAGCUGCAGGAGCGGCUGCAGACGGAGGCCGAACUCUACGCCGAGGCGGAGGAGCUGCGGGUUCAGCUGGAGGCCAGGAAGCAGGAGCUGGAGGAGAUCCUGCAGGAGAUGGAGACGCGACUGGAGGAGGAGGAGGAGCGAGGCCAGGCCAUGCAGGCCGAGAGGAAGAAGAUGCAGCAGCAAAUACAGGAGCUGGAGGAGCACUUGGGGGGCGAGGGGGACGCCCGGCAGAAGCUGCAGCUGGAGAAGGUGGCGGCUGAUGGGAAGAUUAAGAAGCUGGAGGACGACAUCCUGGUGAUGGAAGACCAGAAGAGCAAGCUGCAGAAGGAGAAGAAGCUGUUAGAGGAACGGGUAGUGGACUUCAGCUCCAACCUAGCCGAGGAAGAGGAGAAAUCAAAGAACCUGACCAAGCUGAAGAACAAACACGAGUCCAUGAUAUCGGAACUGGAGGUGCGGUUGAAGAAGGAGGAGAAGGCCAGGCAGGACGUGGAGAAGGCCAAGCGGAAGCUGGAGGGGGAGCAGGCAGACCUGCUGGAGCAGACUGCUGACAUGCAGGCCCAGGUAGAGGAGCUGAAGGCCCAGCUGGCCAAGAGAGAUGAGGAUCUGCAAGCUGCAGCUGUGAGAGUGGAGGAGGAGGCAGUGCAGAAGAGCGGCGCUCUGAAGCGGAUCAGGGAGCUGGAGGGGCUGCUGUCCGAGGCGCAGGACGACCUGGAGGCGGAGCGCUCCGCCCGGGCGAAGGUGGAGAGGGCCCGGCAGGACCUGGGAGACGAGCUGGAGGCGCUGAAGUCCGAGCUGGAGGACACCCUCGACACCACCGCUGCCCAGCAGGAGCUCCGGGUGAAGAGGGAACAGGAAGUUGCUCUGCUGAAGCAAACGCUGGAGGAAGAGGGGCGGGCCCAUGAGGCGCAGGUGCAGGAGCUGCGGCAGAAGCACACACAGGCUGCGGAGGAGCUGAGCGAGCAGCUGGAGCAGUGCAAACGGGCUAAGUCCAGUGUGGAGAAGGCGAAGGUGGCGCUGGAGCAGGAGCUGGCUGAACUGAGCACGGAUGUGCGCUCCCUGACCAGCGCCAAGCAGGAGCUGGAGCACAAGAGGAAGAAGGUGGAGGGGCAGCUGGCCGACCUGCAGGCCCGCUACAGCGACAGCGAGAGGCAGAGAGCCGAGCUGGGGGACCGCGUCGUCAAGACAGCCGCGGAGCUGGACAACAUGACCGGCCUCCUGAAUGAAGCCGAGAGCAAAAACAUCAAGCUUAGCAAAGAAGUGGCCAGCCUGAGCUCCCAACUGCAAGACAGCCAGGGGCUGCUGGCAGAGGAGACUCGGCAGAAGCUGAACAUCUCUGCACGCCUGCGGCAGACGGAGGAGGACCGCAACGCCCUGCAGGAGCAGCUGGAGGAGGAGGCGGAGGGCAGGAGGGGCUGCGAGAGGCAGGUGUCCUCCCUCAAUGGACAGCUGUCAGACUCCAGGAAGAAGGUGGACGAGCUGAGCAGCAGCCUGGAGCUGCUGGAGGAGAGCAAGCGGCGGCUGCAGCGGGACCUGGACGGGGCCGGCCUGCGGUACGAGGAGAAGGCCUCCGCCUACGACAAGCUGGACAAAAGCAAGGCCCGCCUGCAGCAGGAGCUGGACGACCUGCUGGUGGACCUGGACAACCAGCGCCAGCUCGUCUCCAGCCUGGAGAAGAAGCAGAAGAAAUUUGACCAGAUGGUGGCGGAGGAGAAGAGUGCCUCCUGUAAGUUUGCAGAGGAGCGCGAUCGCGCGGAGGCGGAUUUGCGGGAGAAGGAGACUCGGGUGCUGUCGCUGACUCGGGCGCUGGAGGAGGCGCAGCGUUACUGCGAGGAGCAGGAGAGGAGUAACAAGGCCCUCCGUGCCGAGAUGGAGGACCUGGUCAGCUCCAAGGACGACGUUGGCAAGAGUGUUCACGAGCUGGAGAAGGCGAAGCGAGGGCUGGAGGCACAGGUGGAGGAGAUGCUGGUGCAGGUGGAGGAGCUGGAGGACGAGCUGCAGGCCGCAGAGGACGCCAAGCUGCGGCUGGAGGUGAACAUGCAGGCGCUGAAGGGGCAGCACGAGCGGGACCUGCAGGCCCGCGAGGAGCAGGGCGAGGAGAAGAGCAGACACCUGCUCAAACAGGUGCGGGAGCUGGAGAUUAAUCUGGAGGAUGAGCGGAAACAGAGGGCUGUGAUGGCAGCCGCUAAGAAGAAGCUGGAGGGGGACCUGAAGGACCUGGAGGACCAAGUGGAGAUGAGCAGCCGCGGUCAUGACGAGGCUGUCAAGCAGCUGCGUAAGGUGCAGGCCCUGGCCAAGGACCUGCAGAGGGAGGUGGACGACUCUCGCUCUGCCCGGGAGGAGGUGCUGUCCUCCUUUAGAGAGACCGAGAGGAAGGCCAGGAGCCUGGAGACCGACCUCAUCCAGCUACAGGAGGAACUGGCAGCCACUGAAAGGGCUAAGAAGCAGGUGGAAGCAGAGCGGGAUGAGAUGGCAGAGGAUCUUACCAACUCCUCCAGAAAGGCAACAUUCAGUGAUGAGCGCCACCGUCUGGAGGCUAAGAUUGCUCACCUGGAGGAGGAGCUGGAGGAGGAGCAGGGGAACAUGGAGCUCCUGAAUGACCGCCUGAGGAGGGCUGUGCAGCAGGCCGACCAGCUGAGCAGCGAACUGCAGGCGGAGCGGGCGGCCAAUCAGAAGAGCGAGAGCGGCAGGCAGCAGCUGGAGAGGCAGAAUAAGGACCUGAGAGCCAAGCUGCAGGACAUGGAGGGCCAGGUCAAGUCCAAGUUCAGGGCCUCUGUCGCCGCCCUGGAGGCGAAGGUGCUGCAGCUGGGGGAUCUUCUGGAAGAGGAGAGCAGGGAGAGACAGGCCAUUGGUAGAGGGAUUCGUCAGAAAGAUAAGAAGCUGAAGGACAUGACCAUUCAAGUGGAGGAAGAAAGAAAGCAAGCACUCCAUUACAAAGACCAGGUGGAGAAGGCCUAUGUGCGGGUGAAGCAGCUGAAGAGGCAGGUGGAGGAGCUGGAGGAGGAGUCCCAGCGCGUCGCCGCCGACCGCAGGAAGCUGCAGCGCGAGCUGGAGGAAGCGGGCGAGGCCAACGACGCCUUGAGCCACGAGGUGUCCUCGCUCAAGAGCAAGCUCAGGAGAAGACCGGAAUCAUCCUACGGCGGACCCCCACGCCGCGUUGGGGGAGGGGCAUCCAGAGGAGCUCGGAGAGUGGUAGAAAAUGCAGAGGCACCCGAGGAGGAGUCUGAACAUCACCCUGAUCCUGUGGAGGGGGAUGUGAAUGGAGCCAAUUCAGCAGAGUAGAGCCCCGCCCUCCAUCUGGCCCCACCCACUCAGAAACCCAGCCUACUUUCUGGCCCCACAUACCAUGGGUUCUUUCCAAUUGCUUAUUUCAUCUUUCCCUAUCGCCCUGGUCCUUGUGUGACCUGGAAAUCAAUCGAGGUUCCCCAUCUUUAAGGACACUCCACUUCAUUAAAUGAGUUGGAGUUACAAUUUUUUUUUCAACUCCCUCCACACAUACAUAGCAAGGAUACAGGCAGUUCAGCAAUAUGUCCAUAAUUUUUUAAUACAAACUCUGCAUAAAACAGGCCAGCAGCCUGAUUUGUGUUCAGGAAAAUGAAUCGGGGAACAGGGUUCAUGAGAUUUAUUUAUGAUUAUUUAUUAUCAAUUUGCUAAAACAUAUAAAUGAAGGUGAAUGCUACAGGAUAGAUUAGAGAUGUGUGGCUUCGCAGUGUGUGAACACGUGAGCAGUAAAAUUGCCAGUGCCUUAUAGUAUAUGCAUAAUGGAACCUAUACUUUAUAAAAUAUGCACUUUAUGAAUCCUGUUAUUUUUAAAACCUGCAUGGAGAAACUCCCCCAUUUCUGACUAAUUUAGGCUCAUCCCCUCCUCGGAUUUAAUAUUACAGUAAUCAUGCUAAAGAACCCACAUUAGAGAUAAAGUAAAAGUAUUUGAGACACCUGGGACGUUUGUGCAAAAAACCACACCUGCUGCAAGUGAUAAUUUAUCUUAAAGGGUGAAAAUCUGCAGAAAACUCCAUAACCCGACCAGUAGAUUUUGAUAAUAUUUUUGAACAGUAAAGUCAGGGUUCUGUUUCCACAGGCAUCUGUAUGUAGACAGACUUGCCAAACGUGCCAAAUUAUUCCAAAAAAGAGGCAUUUCAGGCUUUUAUCCCUGUGGCUUCAGUGUUUUACAUUCUCUCACUGCUUAACUGUAAAGGCCAUAUUAGUAUUGUAAAAUCCAAAUUAGACAGCUCAUAAUGAAGUUUGAACUAUACAAUGCACCACAGGGUGGGGAUAUGUACUCCAGGUCCUAAGACAGACAGCACUACCCAGUCAUUUAACAUCCUAAUGGAGAUACAAGGAGUAACAUCAUUACCGUUAAUGCUUUACCAUUAAACCUUAUUUAAGGUUUUAUUUUAUCUCCUGAUCUAAGUCUAAGGGUUCUGACAUAAAUAUCUGUGCAGAACUGCAGUAAUAUUUAUGUUCAUAUUCUAUACUUCUCUAUAUAUUUUGACCUAUAUUUACUCCAUACACUCCUCUAUAUUCUAUAGCCCUUUGUUUGUGAAGCCAUGUCAAAAUGAGAAAAUAAACAUUGCACUGCUCACACAA